AUGAAUCCGGAUGCCAUUCCCAGCUCUCGAGCCCCCUUUCGUCUGUCCAAGACGGAGCAAGAAGCGCUCGAGUCCUUCGUGACAGAGAACCUUAAGAAAGGCUGGGUAGAAGUCUCAAACUCACCGUGGGUUUCCAACGUCUUUGGUAUACCAAAAAAGAACCAUGUUACUGGACAAGCUCCCACCCGGGGUGAGUGGCUUCGGUCGGGAAAUUGCUCGCAACCUAUUCGCUGGGUUAUCGAUUAUCGAUACGUGAAUAGUCAGACCAAGAUUCCAAAAAUUCCUCUGCCUCUCAUUGAGGAGCUUUUUGAUCAAAUGACAGGCUGUACUGUUUACACCGUGAUAGACUUGGCUCAAGGAUAUCAUCAGAUGCUUGUAAACGAACCCAGUCGUCAAUACACGGCUUUUCGGACUCACAAGGAGACAUACCAAUGGUGUGUUGCGCCUAUGGGCUUGGCAGGAAUGCCAGGUGUCUGGUAUCGACUUAUGCGGGUCCUCUUCGAUAAAUUUGACUUCGUGGUUGCAUACCUUGACGACAUUUGCGUCUUUUCCAAGUCGAACGCAGAUCACAUUCGGCAUCUGCGCGAAGUGUUUAAGGUACUGCGCCAAGAGAAGCUCUACGCACAUCGGGGAAAGUGCUCUUUUGGCAAGGACAGUGUAGCGUUUUUAGGCUAUACAAUUUCAAAGAAUGGCUUGAGUCUGGAUCAGCGGAAGACAACAGCUAUUGAGCAGAUGAAGGCACCAAGCACGCGGAAAGAACUAAUGAGCUUUCUUGGAUUAGCUGGAUACUAUCGACGGUUUAUCUGUGCUUUCGCACAAAUUGCACUACCCCUUACGAAGCUCGUUAAAAAGGAAGUGCGGUGGGAGUGGUCGCACGAUCAAGACAAAGCAUUUCGCGACUUAAAGGUCGCCCUUCAACAAGCACCUGUGCUUCAGCUACCGAACUUCGCGAUCAAGUUUACUGUCACCACAGAUGCUUCCGGGUGCUGCAUGGGUGGCGUCCUGUCCCAGAUCGCGGAUGGCAAAGAUCACCCCAUUGCAUUUUACUCUAAGAAGUUUGGGGUUCAUGAGCAAGCGUGGCCUGCCCACGAGCAAGAACUAUUAGCGAUCAAGACGGCUCUUUCCAAAUGA